AUUUUUUAAGGAUAUACCAUAAACAUACUUGUCACUGUUAGUUUGUACAUUACUUAUUUUACAGGUUGUUUUCGAAAAUCAAAUACAUCUGAAAAUUUUGCUAUUAAUAUUUUCUCGUUUAUUGAAUAAAUAAAUAUUUAAUGAAAAAUAUAAUGAGAAAAUCAUCUAAAUCUAAUCUAUAAAUUACAUUGUUUACAGGGUAUACAGGGAAAAUGCUCUCUAUAAAUAGGAAUAUUGAUGAAUUGGUAUUUAUAUUAUUUUGCUAAAACACAGGGUAUAUAUGGAAAAUGUUCUAUGUAGAUAGAAAUAUUAAUAACGUCUCAUUUAUUUUAUUUUUCUAACAUGAACAUCACCUAAAUGAAAUUAAUAUAAUAAGAAACCCAUCUAAAUUAAUGUCAACAAGAAUAUGUACUUUCAUGGCCAUCGUAGUCCUCCUCUCAUAAACUACAAAAGAUUAAGUUCUAAGCGGAUUUGCAUUUAUUUUGACAUCUUUUAAAUUUGCCGCAUUUCAUUCACGACUUCAACCAACUGUUGCCAAGCACCUUGGCUGGCGUUGCCAAGGCUGAGGCGGACAGGCCCUUGGUUGGCAAUGGGCAAUGGUAGCCAUGGCUACUUUGGGCGGCGCCACAACAAAUCCCGGCUAGAAAUUUUCGCAGAGCUCAGAAAAUGCUGCAUCAGGGCAUAAUCUUGCGCGAGGGACACGUCACGCGCACCAUCUACACUCUGAUCAAGGAUAAGCGCUAUGAGGAUGUGAUCGAAUGCAUCGCGAACUGCGGCGAGGCAGCCAAUACGAGGGCAGGACUCUCCACGCUGGGCCACUGCUACUACCAUGCACAGAAGUACGAGGAGGCGGCCAGCUGCUACGAGCAGCUCUGCCAGCUGGUGCCCAAGGAGGCCAAGUACAGAUUCUACUACGCCCAGUCGCUCUACCAGGCGGGCAUCUUUGCGGAUGCUUUGCGCGUGCUGAAGCAGAUCGGCGACAAGGAGCUGGAGCUGCGUGAGCAGUGCCUGCAGCUGCAGAGCGCCAUACUCUACUCUAGCGAGGACUAUGCCGGCGCUCAGAGUCUGCUCAAUCAGCGCGCUGGCGGCACAGCCGAAACGCUCAACGACGAGGGCUGCCUGCUCUAUCAGGCGGAUCAGCACGAGCUGGCGGUGCAGCGUUUCCAAUCGGCACUGCAGGUGGGCGGCUUCAAUCCUUUGGUGGCCUACAACGUGGCCCUCGCCCACUUUCAGCGGAAGCAACGCGCCCAGGCGCUGGAUUACACGUCUGAGAUUGUGGAGCGCGGCAUGCGAAACCAUCCGGAGCUGGGCAUUGGCGCCCAGGUGGACACCGAUGGCAGUGCGCGCAGCGUGGGCAAUCCCAUUACUAUGGCCAUGUCGGGCAUCACCCAAGCGCUCAACCUGAAGGCCGCCUUGGAGUAUCAGGAUGGCAAUGUGGAGGCGGCACGGGAGGCGCUGCUCGAUCUGCCGCCGCGCGCAGAGAGCGAACUGGAUCCGGUUACGCUGCACAACAUGGCACUCACGGAUGCCCAGGGUCCCGUUGCGGGCCUGCGCAAAUUGGCCUUCCUGCUGCAGCUGGGCGCGCCUGCCUGCCCGAAGGAGACGUUCGCCAACAUCUUGUUGAUUUGCUGCAAACACGAGCUCUACGACACCGCCGCCGACAUUCUGGCCGAGCACGCGGACCUCACCUACAAGUACCUGUCCCAGUAUCUGUACGAGCUGCUGGAUGCGCUGAUCACGGCCCAGACCAGCGGGGAGCUGGCCGAGAAGAAGCUGGGCACGCUCGCCUCCAGCUUGUCGGGCAAGCUGCGCAGCCUGGCCGCUCGGGUGCAGGAGGUCAGAGCAACCAGUGAGCAGCAGGCGCUGCGCGAUGCACUCAAGGACUACGAGCAGGCGCUGGAACUCUACUUGCCGGUGGUCAUGGCUCGUGCCUGGAUCUCGUGGCGCGAAGACGACUUCCUGGGCGCCGAGCGCGAGUUUCGCUCCAGCGCCGAGUUCUGCUCGGAGAAUGCCAUCUGCUCGGUUUGGCGCUUGAAUGCAGGCCAUGUGCUCUUCAUGCAGGACAAGUACAAGGAGGCGGCCGCCUUCUACGAGCCCAUAGUGCGCCAGCACUCGGAUGAUAUUAUGUCCGUCUCCGCUGCGGUGCUGGCCAAUCUCUGUGUGUCCUACAUCAUGACGUUCCAGAAUGAGGAGGCCGAGGAGCUGAUGCGCAAGGUGGAGAACGCCGAGGAGCUGAAGGGCAACCAGGGCAAGCAGUAUCAUCACCUGUGCAUCGUCAACCUGGUCGUUGGCACGCUGUACUGCGCCAAGUCCAACUACGAGUUCGGCCUCUCGCGCAUCGCCCACGCCUUGGAGGGCGGCUCGGGGGCACGCCUCUACGCGGACACCUGGUUGCACGUGAAGCGCUGUAUUCUCGGCCUGCUGACCGGCAUGGCUAAGCAGAACAUCAUCCUGCCCUACGCAGCCGUGCAGGAGGUGCUGAACUUCCUCAAGUCCUGCGAGGCUUACGGCUUGUUCACACCCGCCAAUAUCUAUGCGGCCACAGAGCAGGCACCCAGCGAGCCGCUGACCAUUGGACUAGAGGCUCGAAAACUGAGACUCCUGCUGAUCAAGCUGAGCGAAUAUGAAAAUUAUUGAGUAGCUUCUCCGACUGCUGUUCGAGUUGAUAUCAAAAUGUAGAUUAUCUCCCCGUAAAUCUCCCUCUUCAACUCCCCGAUUAAAUUGACUCUGCUCUCUUUUUCUUUACAAUACGUAAUUUAAGUUUAUUUCAAUAUAUGCUGCGCUGUUGAAGAACAUUGUA